AUGCCGGAACGGAGGGCAUGCCCAACAUCCACCUCUGCAUCGUUCAGCGAGCUCUCAUACUCCUACCCGCUCAAGCUCCUCUCUCCACCUUCGCACGCAGAUGCACCAGGACCGGUGAGGAUCGUCUAUGUGCUUUCUUAUGGUGGGGGACUCGUAGGUGGGGAUAAGAUAGAGUUGGAUGUAGAGGUGCAGGAAGGCGCUAGGCUGGUGCUCCUCACUCAGGGGUCGACGAAAGUCUUCCGGGCUCGAGAUCCGUCCAACCGAACCCAGCAACAUUUGCACGCAAACGUACAUGCCCACUCUCUUCUUCUCCUCCUCCCGGAUCCCAUUACCCCCUACGCCGAAUCUUAUUACUCCCAAGUACAGACAUUCACCCUCCACCCCUCCGCAAGCGCGAUAAUCCUUGACUGGUUCACCUCAGGCCGGGCAGCGCGAGGUGAAGUCUGGGCACUAGGGAAGUACCGGAGCGCGAACGAGGUUUUCGUACAAGGCAAGAGGGUGGUGAGGGAUGUGUUACUCCUCGAGCAGGGUGAGCUGGGCAGACGAAUGCAGCCCUACGCCUGCUACGCGAACGUGUUCCUCUUCGGUCCGCUGGUGCAGGGAGUCUUGAGAGCGCUGAAAGAACGGUACGAGAAGAUCGAGCAGAUGCAGCGGUCCAAGCCGGACGAAUUUGUAUGGAGCCUGAGCAUACUAGGAAAGGCCGAAAAGGGGAGAAACGGGGAGGGCGGGGACGGCGCGGUAGUGAGGUGCACAGGGAGAGAGACGGAGAUGGUCAGACUUUGGCUGAAGGACGCUCUGAGCGGGGCGAGCGAGGUGGUGGGGAGGGACGUAUAUGACAAGGCAUUCGUUUGA